AUGCCCCCAGCUAUCAGUGAUGAGGAAAACUCAGACACCGGCGAUUUUGCCGUGACAAGCGACAUUCUGCCGAAGAAGGGUCGAGGGCGCAAGCCAAAAAUAAAGCCAGAGCCAGAGGAAGACUCCGAAGGGGAAGAGGAUGUCGCUGACCCAAAGAUCACGAAUGGCAAUGCCGAAGAGGACGACGAUGAGGAUCAGGACGAGGACGACAUGAGUGAGGAUGAGUUCGUGGUCGAAAAGAUCUUUUCCCACUAUAUUGCCGCAGACGGUGAGCCUCGCUUCGAGGUGAAGUGGGAGGGAUGGGACAAGAAAUCCGAUCGGACCUGGGAGCCAGAAGAGAAUCUCCAAGAAAACGCCGCCGAAAUAUUGCAGGAGUAUUUUAAGGAAAUCGGUGGCCGGGAGAAGAUGUUCGAGCAGACCAGCAGCGCACUGAAGGGCAGGAAGCGCGGCCGACAGUCCAACUCCGCCACGCCCGCCGAGAAGCGCACCCGCAAGAACGGUCACCCCGAGAAUUCGACCCCGCCCGCGAGCGCCAAGGCGGUUGAGUGGAAACCCCCGAGCGGCAGCUGGGACGAGGAAGUCGACACCGUGGAUAUGUGCCAGGAUGAGGAGAACGGCACCUUCAUAGUCUACCUGACCUGGAAGAAUGGCAAGAAGACGCAACACCCCAAAGAGGUUGUCUACAGGAGAUGUCCGCAGAAGAUGCUUCGAUUUUACGAGCGCCACAUUCGUAUCUCUCGCGACGGUGGUUCACCAGUCGCAAUAUCAAGCAUGAACUGA